AUGGUUCUUUGGUUGCUCUCUCUCUCUCUCUCUCUCUCUCAGAAUUCUCGCAUUUUCUCAGUCUGCAAACUUCUUUUCGACCUUGAUAUAAUCGAUUCUUCGGGAUCAGACGGGAGUGGAAACUUUCCCAUGGCCAUGACUCGAGGUAGGAGCGAAAGGAUUUGAGAUUUUGCUUCGUCAAUGGCGUCGCGUCAGUUCAUCCCCCAUUCAGUCAACAAUCGGGUUUGCGUUUCUCCCUCUGCUCAUGUUGUCCGCCAUCGACAUUCCAAAACGGUGACGUGUCUGCACAGGAUUCUGCGCAUAAUCUCUUCCUUCCCACCGCCGACUGAAUCCCCCAAAUCGGAGCUGUCUUCGAGUUUGAGAGGUGGAAGUCGUUUGGCUUUGUUCGAUGUUGACUUGAACCUUCGAUUUGGCUCGCCUGUUUCGCCCCCAUUAGAAACGGUAGAGACCGAGUGUUCGCCGGAGAAUGCCGGCGCUGAGAGGAGCUCGGUCGCUGAAUGUCAAUGUGAUCUCACAGUAAUAAACUUGCUCGGAAGUGGCAAAGAAGCUGAUGUUUUGGGGGGAAAAGCACUAGAUGUAUCAGAGAUCACGGCGACGGAAGUUCCGUGCCUGGAGAUGAACGGCGAUCAGUCUCCAGUCGUCUCGAGCAAGGCCGAAGAAGCCGGAGAAAAAGAGCACCAACCAGAACCGGACCGGCACGAAGGCUGUCUCCAUUUGCUCGUCGAAGCCGUGAAAAUCAUCUCCGGCGAGUUCGAAGACAGCGACUCGGAGCCGAAGCAACCGCAUCGGAACCGCGAACUCGGUCGCGAGUUUCGCGGAAAGCGGAGAACGACGUCCGGUGAAUCCGACGGAUGGGAAUCGAAACGGCGGAAGCCUAACUACGGUUGGACGGUGAACCUGUACGCCGACUUGGAGGAUACAUCGCCGAUCGUUAGAACGAAGCGAGGGCGGAGGCAGGCGCUACCGCUCAAAUACAGAGACUCGGUCCUCGAGCCACUGGAACCAUUAUCGCGGCAUCGAUCAAGAUUUGUGGCUUUGUUACAGAGAUUUCUCGUUUGAAAAAAAGAAAAGAAUGAAAGAAAAGAUCAUUAAUGGUUGUGGCAGAGCUACAUGAAACAGGGAAACCAGGAUUUAUUUGGGAUACAACGACCGCCUGGAAACCCACGUCCCCACAUGAAUAAGCAAGCCCAUCAAACUGUCUGCUGCUGUUGCCUGCCUUGCCACCUAUGAAAAGGACUGCCAUUUUUCUUCUCAUGUCAUGGCCCAAGCAAGAAAUCAAUUUUGAGUUCACUGAGUUUUAUUUUUUAUUUUUUCAACUCAUUUAAUGUUUAAUAAAUUUUAAUAUUUCAUAUUGUUGAUUUAAUUUAAUGAUUAUAGAUCACUUCACUGUAACAAGUCCGUCCGUGGCCCAAACACCAAA